AUGGAUGUGCACGUGCUAAAUCUCUUACAAAAUAAGCGAAAUCUGGACAUGCACGGUCAGCACUACUUAAUCUUCCUAAGCAAUCUUAGUAUGAAUAAAUGUGAUGUUUGUCAUCUUUUGAUCCGAGACCGGUUCCUGCUGCGGAUGAAUGAUGGGACUUUUUACCAUGAGAGUUGUCUACGAUGUUCAGAGUGUGGGGAGGAACUCUCCGGACAAAACAACUGCUACAAAAGAGAUGGGGCUAUCUUCUGCAAAACAGAUUACCAAAUCAUAAACCUCACAAAAAGUAUGAAUGAUAGUGACCAGCAUCGCAGCCUCAAAGCUAUACUAACGUGUCUGCUAAGCGCAAUAGACCUGUUAUUCAGUGGGGAGAUGCACUCUAGGGUGAGGAUGAUUAUUACUAUUACUGUUGUGUGCUUUCUAACAUUCAAAGACGUUCACCCUUGUCUCGACAGAAAGUUUUCCAAGCGCUGCGCGCGGUGUGACCGGAUCAUCUGUCCCAAGAUGGACUGGAUCCGCAAGGCUACUACCAUGUAUUAUCACCUGGCCUGCUUUCUUUGUGCGGUGUGCGGACGGCAGCUUUCAACAGGGGAGUGCUUCAAACUCAUAGACGGCAGCAUCCUCUGCGAGAAACACUGCGUGGACCCAGACCUCCAGAAAGAGGAAAUCAACCAAAAGGCAAAGACUAAGAGAGUGAGGACGACCUUCACCGAGGAGCAGAUCCGGAUUCUUAUGGACCACUUUGUUCAUGACUGCAAUCCAGAUGGAGCAGACCUUGAGAUGAUUGCCAAGCGCACGGGACUCACCAAACGUGUGACUCAAGUUUGGUUCCAGAACUCCAGAGCCCGCCAAAAGAAGCAUCAGCAACAGCAUCCCGGUGAUAAAAAGAACAACAAUACAACGACUGCGAACAACAACAACAGUUUUAACCCUUCUGGCCUUUUAUCUGGCAUUCCCAGCGUAGGAAGCGACCACAGCAGUGAACUGCCCGCGGAAAUGCACAGUUUCUCCACAAGCAGCGAACAUAGUGAGGACUGGUCACCUGUGGAAGACGAUGACCGACUCUCAGGUUUGACAUCGUACAUCGUGGAAUGCCAGUAG